AUUGCAGCAACCUUUCGGUUUUGCCAGUCAAACUUUAGGCAGUUUGUCAUAUAGAAGACGAAAUUGAUUUAAUACAGUUUCGAGCUGAAAAUAUUUAUAAUGAAGCUUUUUGAAGGAAUAUUACUGCUAUUUCUGACGAUUGGAUUUGGAUCGGCAAUUUUGGUUGACGCAUCUGCAAACACUGCUACUUCAGAAGAAUCCUGUGUAGGAAGAUGUAUGGGAGUGUGGAAUGCAUCAGAAUCAUGUCAUUGCAAUGAAAAUUGUGCGAAGUAUCCCGACUGCUGCGACGAUUACAUCGAUGUGUGCCUGAACGAAAGCACAAGUAGUUGUUAUGGAAGAUGCUUUGAAGUAUUUGGUUUUAUUUCAAACGCUAGCUGCUAUUGUGACGACGAAUGUUCAAAGUACGGCAACUGUUGCAACGACUAUGUACCUAUGUGCGCAAAUGAAAGUCUAUGUGAAAACAGAUGCUUCGUUUGGUAUGACUCAAGCCUACCUUGUCAGUGUAAUGAUUUAUGUCCAAAGUAUGGAAACUGCUGUCCUGAUUACCACGAAAGUUGUCUUCCAGGAUCAUGUAUGGACAGAUGUGGAGACCGGAACAACACUUUAGGAUGCCAUUGUGAUAGUCAGUGUUCAACUGAAUAUGAUUGUUGUGAGGAUUUCGCUGAUUCUUGCACAACUGAAGGAUCUUGCGAAAAAAUGUGUGGUAGUGAAUACGAUCCAUCCAGAUCAUGCCAAUGUAAUGACGAUUGUGCCAAAUACGGCAACUGUUGUGAUGAUUACGAAGUUUUGUGCCAAGAUUUUUACCUUUGCAACGGUGUGUGCAACAUCACAAAGGAGGCUUGCGACUGCACAGAAUCUUGUUUACAAGAUAAGACCUGUUGUACAGAUUAUGAACAAUCUUGCAAUGACGGAACUUCUUGGUUAGAAGAUGAAUGCACCAAAGACGAAGAGAUGAUUUGUCCGAAUGGAUUCGACAUUGCACCCGUGAUAUUGUUUUCCUUGGAUGGAUUUCGCGACAGCUACCUUUUUCGACACGAAACCCCUAAUUUAUGGAAACUAGCCUCUUGUGGGGUCCAUGCGCCUUACGUCAGAUCAGUAUAUCCGACACUAACUUUUCCGAAUCAUUACUCCAUAGCUACGGGAUUAUAUCCAGAGUUUCAUGGAAUAGUUGGAAAUAGAUUCUAUGACCACGAUUUGGAUGAGGAAUUCAGACUCGGAGCACCUGAAACAAGCGACCCACGUUGGUGGGGUGGAGAGCCGAUCUGGGUAACAGCUAGUAAUCAAGGUCUAAAAAGUGCUUCUUACUACUGGGUUGGAUCAGACGUCAAUAUCACAAGAUAUCCAGAUUAUUAUUAUCCAUACGGGUCGGAUCCAUACGAAGCUCGAAUUUACCAGGUUUUGAAAUGGCUGGAUAUGCCUGCAAAAGACCGACCAUCUAUAAUAACGAUGUAUAUGGAUAUGGUUGAUCAUGCUGGACACGAUUCUGGACCAGCUGGUCAUGAAGUUGACGUAGCAAUCAGUCAAGCAGAUGACAUGGUUGGAAUGUUGAUGGACGGAUUAAAAGCUAGAAAUUUGGACAAAUGUGUCAAUAUUAUGAUAUUAGCUGAUCACGGCAUGGCAAAUAUUUCCUGUGAUCAACUGACGUAUAUUGACAAAUAUGGUGUUAAUAUGGAUAACGUAUACUUCCGUGGUGGAGCUCAUGGUCGAGUGGGAAAAAGUAAAAACAAAGCCUUGUGGGAUCAAUUUGACGCAGAAGAUAUAAAAAACAAAUUACAAUGUAAACGUGACGAGACACAUUUUCAGACAUUUUUGAAGUAUGAAUAUUUUCCAAAACGACUUCACCAUUCUUAUAGUCCAAGGAUCGAUGACGUCAGCUUGCUUAUGGACGAUGAAUGGAUAAUAGGAGGGCGGACUGGAUCCUAUACUUCGUGCAAUGGUGGAACUCAUGGUUGGGAUAAUGAGAAUAAACAAAUGAGAGCUUUGUUUGUUGCGCACGGUUCAUCUUUGAAGAGGGGAUACAACUUGACGGAAUCAUUUGAAAACAUUCAACUUUACAACUUCAUUAUAGAAGAUCUACUCAAUCUACAAGCGCCACUUAACAAUGGAACAUCUGAAAGCCUCGUACAUUUACUUAGAACCCGACCCGUUCUGCAACCUAGACCAGAUGGAGAAUUACCUUUUAACUGUCCCUAUCCAAACUCGAACAUAGCUUCGGCUACAUUGGGAUGUCCAAUAUGCCAGGGCGAAGAAGAGGCUAACGAAUUGUUGAAUUUGUCCAACGAUGAAAAACUUGAAGCAGAAAAUAGAAAUAUGCUAGUGGGAAAACCCGGUAUUUAUCCGGUUUUCGAAGGAGAAAUGGUCAAAUAUUGUAAUCUAUUUCAAUCUGAAUAUGUCACUGUGUACAAUUGGGAAAGAAAACUUCCUUUUUUUACACAAUUUGUUUUGGAUAGAAAGAUAAGAGAAAUGAGUUCAACUUCACAAUGUCUUCGACCAGAUAUCAGAUUGAAUUCCCAAUAUUCUUUCAGUUGCAGCGAUAUUGAAAACAAUCCGAAUAUAUCCAGAGUAUUUUUGUAUCAACCAGCUUUCUCCACGGAACGAAAAAGUGAUGCUGAAAUUUUGUCGAACACCAUUCCUGUCUACAAACCGUUUGUAGCAGUAUGGGAACAGUUUGCUAAAGUUCUGAACACUUGGGCUGGUUUAUACAAUGGUAUUUCUGUAGUUGCUGGGCCAAUUUUUGACUACGAUUUUGAUGGAAAUUCUGAUACAGAAGAAAUUAUUCAACAAAAAGCGAAUUUUAUAGUACCUGGUGACAAAUCGUCUACUCCAAUCCCUACUCAUAUAUUUGUUUUUGCCAUGAGAUGUAGAAACUAUACUUCCUCUGAGAAUGUCCGACAGUGUUCACAGAAUCCACAAAAAAUGGACGUCAUUAGUUUUAUUAUUCCAAACUACGCCGAGGAUCCGUGUUACAAGGAUACCAUGGAUACAAACGAAUGGGUUUCACAAACUGUUUUUGAACAUGUUGCCAGACUCCGUGACGUGGAACUUCUUACAGCUGUUUCUUUCUUGUCUAAUUGGAGAAAUGCAGAUUCCACUCAAGAUGAGAGAAUGGAGGCAAUCAGAUUAAAAGUCCAUUUGCCUGAGUUUGAAAAAGAUUGGAUGCAAGAUUUUAAAGAAAAUAUUACACCCAGUCCAGACUUGUACAGUACAACGAGUAAAGCUGGAAAUUCGUCAGUUUAUUCGCGUUAUCUUUUGCUUCUCUGUCUAUCCGCCGCUGCAUUCUCGAAAAAAUUAUAACACGUUUAUAUUCAUGUUUAUUUCCCUACAUAAUAAGAUAGCCUAAUCAUUAAGAGUCAUUGUUGAUAAAAACUAGUUUAGUAUUAAGUAUCAAUAGUUCAUUUAGUAACUAUUACCUGUUGCAAAUAAAUUAAAAAAAAUUAUGCGCACACGUUGCAAGAAUAAUUCAAGAAAAAUAUUAGAAAAAAGGUUUGUAGAUAAUGGCGUGAAUGAGGGAAAAUCAACUUUACCAAAUUUUCCAAUUCUACCGAAUAGCUCAAAUUUUUUUUAUGUGAAUUUAUUGCAAAUAAUAAAUUUAUAUUGAAAUAGUUCUCAGAUAUUGGAAUAUCGUUUUUUAUUAGGCUUCUGUUAGUAAUGACAGUCAUUCAAUUAUAAAAAUUAAAAUAAUAAUAUUAGCAUUUUGUAAAUCUGUACAGCAAAUAAUUCUAGAUCCCUUUUCGUGAUUUAUAGACACGUGUUUCAAAUAGGGAAAGUCUAAAACGAGGACCGGUUUAUACACCCGUUACAUAAACUGAUAAAUGAUACCCCCGGUGUCAAACCAGAACUGAAAAGGGCACAAAAUUAACCCGUAAAUGAUUGUUUAGCUUACUUGUUGUUGCUGAGGGUCAUCGAAAAACCCGUUGAUCAUCUGCGGCCUUAUGGUACUGACGAUAAUUGUUACGCUUAAUUAGGAUUUGAGGCAUUUGAUUACCUGCUGGUUAACGUGUUUAUCACAUAGUUGACUGAGGUGCUUACCUUCGUAUCACUGAAUUUAAGCAAUGUUUUUUCUUUUAUAUUCAUGAGUUGAUAAUUAUUUUGUAAAACUGUAAUAUUUGUCGUGUAUUUCAUAUUACCAAAAUUUCAGACUACCUAUACAAGUUAAUUUCGCUCAAUAAAAAUUGAAACAAAAUAUUCAUUUCAAAAUACAUUCCAAAAGUUUGACAACAUAUAAAAUUAUUUCAGUGUUUAGCGUCGGACCUAACAAGCUUCAUAAGUUUUUAUGAACAUUUUCGCUUGCUUAUAAAAUGAACUGUUUAAGAUAGUCUGUUUGCUCAUCUUCACCUACUAUUCAGAUAUUUGCUGCCUCAACCUGUCACGUAACAAGAGAAAACAAUUUACGUAAUUCAAAUCAGCAGUCAUUCGUGGUUUAACAACAGCGUUGUUGAAACUUAUAUUCGAUUUGAAUAAAAUGUGAUUUCCCACUCAUAUAAUCAGUUAUUGAAAGUGAUCAUCACAGAGUACUGAACACAAUAAGUGUUAGGUAAAUGAUAGAUUCUGAUUACUUCGGAAAUUGAAGAGAAUUAAACUGAAUCAUUGACACAUUUGUAAUUUGUAACUCUUCAUCGCUGUACUAAUUUUUUUUAUCACAAAAAUUGUUUUCAUUUGUAGAAAAUUUGCUUUUCAGG